GUGUUACGCACAGUUGGAGCAGCUCCUCAGUUCGCACUGAGCACAGUUAGCUUUGACGCUUAGCACACACACACACUCCUGCCCACAGAGAGAGAGAGCGAGAGCGAGAGAGGGAGAGAGAGAGAGAUGUAGCUUCGUCGUCAGUCGACUCUGUGUUUCGCUUUCAGGGCCUAUACAAGUAGCCAGGGAGGGGAGUGAAAUAGUCGACGGGGCGGUGUAUUCAUUCAGUCGGCACCUCGCAGCGAAAAAGAACGACGAGGCGACUCAGAUUGGAGCUAACGUUGGUUAGCCGCUAAUGUUAGCCUGCCAGCGCCAUGGCCCACAAGUGUAUCCCAUAUGAUGUAAGGCACAUCCGCCCGUAGAGACUAAGAUGUCUGAAGUUCAGGCCACAGUGGAGUUCUCUGUGGAGCUCCACAAGUUCUACAAUGUGGACCUGUUCCAAAGAGGGUUCUACCAGAUGCGUGCCAGUCUUAAGGUGCCGCCCCGCGUCCCACACAAAGUUGAGACCAGUCUUCUUCACCCGGGAGGCUCCGACCUGGCGUUUCCAGCUUCAGUCCAGGACGACGUCAUCUGCAGCAAAACGUUCCAAAUCCUCUAUAAGAACGAAGAGGUCGUAGUCAACGAUGUCCUCCUCUUCAAAGUGAUGAUGCUGCUAGACGAGAAGAAGGUGGAAGAGUCCCUCAGUGACAUGGAUUUCCAGCUUUUGUUGGAUUUAUAUUUCACAGAUGGUGAUUACACGCCAGAUGAUCCGGGAACGCUACAGAACAUCAGUGGCCGCACACUUCGUUUGCACUUUAGCCUUCAGCGAGGCAUCCACCAACACAUCAAUGUCAUGUUUGACUACUUCCACCUAUCUGUCAUCUCUGUAGCUAUCCAUGCCUCUCUCGUGGCACUGCAUCAGCCGCUUAUUAGUUUCCCUCGGCCUGUGAAGACCACAUGGUUAAACCGCAACGCUCCAGCACAGAGCAAAGACUCUGUCAUCCCGCCUCUGGAGAGCGUGGUGUUCGGCAGCAGUUAUGUCAAGCAAGUAUCACCAGAUGGCAGGACGUUCCUGGUGUCUGACCCCUGUUUGCAGCAUGCUUUCAGUCUGCACCAUAACCUUUGCUCCAAUCUCCUAAUGGCCUACCGGGGGCUCUUUGACUACUUUACGUCUAUCACCAAGGACCUGCCCUCCUCCCAUCGCAUGGAACUCGCCAAGCCCAGCAUGCAAGUCCUAUAUGAGCGAGUACUCAGAAGACCCUAUCCCCGAAGUCAAAGACACGUCUACAUAGAGCAACUUGACUUAGAGGCCCGUCUAACUGAGUUAUGUGAACAAGUCAAGCAGAAAGCGGAGUCUCCUGACGAGCUAGCAGAACUAGUAAAUAUGAAUCUGGCUCAGCUUUGCUCUCUGCUCAUGGCUCUCUGGGGACAAUUCCUGGAAGUUGUCUCCCUGCAGGAACAUGUUGCUGCCCUACUAGCUAUGGAGCACCAUACACUAAGGGUGAGGCGGUUUGCUGAAGCUUUCUUUUGUCUCGAACAUCCGAGACAAUCUGCGCUGGCUUAUCAGGAGCUGCAUGCUCACAGUCACCAACAGAUGACUAAUGCUAUAAAAAGCUCCAGCUAUUUCUUGUCUUUGCCUCCACUUCCGGUGGAAUGUGCAGACCUGGAUGGAGAUGUUAGCUCCCUGCCAAUCAUCUUUGAAGACAGAUAUCUGGAUUCAAUCACUGAAGAUCGUGAUGGGCCCUGGCUGGGAAUGCACAAUACAAGGACUGGCUCAGUUUCCAGUAAAACCGACAAGGCCAGUGCCAAAGACUACAGUGCAGCAGCUAGCCCUAUACCUGAAACAAGAUGCACCCCUAUGGAUAACCCCUGGCCAGACACCUUUGAUCCUCCGCCUAAGUCCAAAGGCAAGUCAGUCAAACUAAAGAAAAAUUCAAAGACUGAGAACUCCAAGAAAUUGACAAGACAGGGCUCCAAGGAUUCUGUGGUUUUGGUGGGCUAUAAGAACCUCAAAGCUCCUUAUGGCAACACCAGCACAAAGUACAAGGAAGGGGAACCGCCCCUUAACCAAGACGAGGAACGAGAUACCUUGCAGGGGGACUCGAGUUAUUUAAGGACUAAUGUCAGUUCUUUUUUUGACUCUGUUGCCACAUCAGCACUUUCUGGAGACCACGCUGAUGAAUCUGUCACGGAUAACAGUGUAACUAAUGCUGCUUGUCAAAAACAUUUUUUUAAAACUCCUACCACCUCGGACGCGCAGAAUAAUCCUCAGGCUGGUACUGGGGCUUUUGCUGCAUGCAACCAACCAAUUCAAAAAGAUCGGCAAGUUGACCACAGUGGCCCAAAGCUGCCCCAGUUGUUUGUAGGGGUCAAGCAAAUUGAGGGGAAAUCAAGUAACAAGGACCCAUACCAUGCUAAUAAAGUAGUGGUUCCUCCAAACAGUCGGACUGAUGGAUCUUCUGGUAGUAAUAUUCCUGAGAUCACUCAGACAAACCUUUGUGACUCGCAACAGCCUACGGUUGAAUCUGUGUUUGAAAGGCCGGGAAAAGAAGCAGCGCAGCGUAGCCAGCCCAGUGCGGUUUCAAUACAGGUAAAGAGCGAUUGUAUCAGACUGGCAGAUGGACGACUCCCCAGCGUCUCAUCUCGUCUCUCCGACUCGGGCAUUGAGAGCGAACCCAGCUCAUUUGCUACUCAGCUCGCUUUGGGACCGCAGACCUGCGUGGGACUUGGUGUCUCCGAAUCAGGUAUUGCAGCCCCGCAACCUGAGAGGGCUCUCCAGAGCCCCGCACCGCGACCUGUUCAGCAAAGCACGGUGCAAAAGCCCAGUGGGACGGGAGAAGUGAUGUGCCCAGAAAGUACUAGUGCUGUUAGUGGAGUCCAGUCCUCUCUCACUUCCAUCAACUCCUUGCCCUCAGAUGAUGAGGGUGAAGGUUCUUCCCGGGGCUCCAGUGGAGCAGAAGUCCGAGGCAGGAAGUCCAGUGUAUUGGUGCAAGAGCAGAGUUUAGUCUUCUCUGGAGAUAUCGCUAAAACUGAAGUGGCCUGCAACCUUGAUUCUAACGCAGGUGAUUCCCAGAUUUCCCAGGUGAAACUGGCCUUUGACACAGAUGCAGACCCCAAAUUAAUAGGCAUUUCUGAAUUCGGACCAGCGGAAGCAGGCGGCUCUGGGACUGUUAAAGAAUCCCGUAGUGAACCCCACACAGCUUGCCCCUCCAGCAACUCUGCCACCAGUAGCACUGACCUGGUGAAACGCGGGAUGGUAGAGAACUACUUUGGCUCGUGCUCUAGCACAGACGUGUCUGAAAUCAGCCCUGUGGAAACGUCUGCCAUCACGCUGGGGAUCCAGGCAGGACCACAGGUUGAGGAGGACGAGGACGAGACGGAGCAUGAGAUGAUCGAAAACGGUUACUACGAGGAAGGUGACGGCUACGCUUUUGUGAACGGUGUUGCCGACGACGAGCAAACUGGGGUCGGGGACACAUCAGCUCAAGAGACGAGUCUCUUGUUCGAACAGCUGGGCAUUGGCUACCUCCAUGAAACAAAGGAUAUAUCAAAAGCUCCCAUCUGCUCCAACGUAGCCUCCGGCAGUGCUGGAUAUAACUUGGGAAGACCUUCCUAUUCCUCUACCUCCCUUUCUUCUAACCUGCAAUGGUAUGAAUGUGCACCCACACCACAGAUGAAAGCGUUCAUCAAGGCCAAGGAAGAGAUGAAGCAGCUGAGGCUCCCUGGUUUCUUGUACAGCGAGGUGCCUGAGCUGGCAUCCACUGUGCCCUAUUUUAGCUUGGAGGAAGACGAAAGCUGUGAAGAAGGCAUCCACCUCAUAGUCUGUGUCCAUGGGCUGGACGGAAACAGUGCUGAUCUGAGACUGGUGAAAACUUAUCUUGAGCUUGGACUGCCUGGUGCUCGUAUAGACUUCCUCAUGUCGGAGAGAAAUCAAAAUGAUACCUUUGCUGACUUUGAGUCAAUGACAGACCGACUACUGGACGAAAUAGUCCAGUACAUUCAAAUAUACAACCUCACAGUGUCCAAGAUAAGCUUUGUUGGUCAUUCUUUAGGGAACCUCAUAGUUCGCUCAGUUCUUACCAGGCCCAGGUUCAAAUGUUACCUCAGCAGGCUCCACACCUUCCUCUCCCUCUCUGGACCUCACCUGGGCACACUGUACAACAGCUCUGCUCUGGUUAAUACAGGCCUUUGGUUCAUGCAGAAGUGGAAAAAGUCAGGGUCACUCCUGCAGCUGACGUGCCGUGAUCACUCAGAUCCUCGCCAAACUUUCCUCUAUAAGCUCAGCAAGAAAUCUGGUCUGCAGUUUUUCAAGAAUGUGGUGCUGGUGGGGUCACUGCAGGAUCGCUACGUCCCGUAUCAUUCUGCUCGAAUAGAAAUGUGCAAAACUGCGUUGAAGGACAAACAAUCAGGUCCUGUGUAUGCAGAAAUGAUUGAGAACCUGCUGCUGCCGGUACUUCAGAACAAAGACUGUAAUCUGGUGCGAUAUGAUGUCAUUCACGCCCUGCCCAACACAGCCAACUCCCUUAUCGGCCGGGCUGCCCACAUCGCUGUCCUCGAUUCUGAGAUCUUCCUGGAGAAGUUCUUCCUCGUUGCAGGCCUCAAGUUCUUUCAGUAGAGCUGUGGCAGAAUCGUUUGGCUGGACAAGAGGAACUCGGCGCUAAUACCUCACUACAACUAAAUGGUAUUCUGACCAUGGUAUACAGAUUAUCCCUUGUUUUGUUUUUUUGUUGUUGUUGUUUUUUUUUUAACAAUUAAUUUUACAAAUUCAUAAAAUUCAAAAUUCACAUUGUUUUUCUUAUUGCAUUGUUUAUAUUUCAAUCACAGUGGAUAUGGAUUUUACCAUUUUUAUUUUUUCUACUACCAUUUUUUUUUUUAACAUUUUAAUUUUUUUUUUCUGUGUUGGAAAAUGUAUUUCUCCGGCACAUGGUAUAUUUUCAGUGUUAAUUUAUGUGUUAUGUAUGUACUUUUAAUAAUUUCACUCCAAGUUAAUCAAUUAAUUUUUGAUGCCGAACUGGAAAUGUAGCUGCUACGAAUAUGAAAUAGCCGUUUUGGUGAGCUGGCCCAAGUCAAGUCUGCACAUACUGUCCUCACUGUUGCAAAUGUUUUCCCACCAAUAUUAAGAGACACUGCAUUAAUUUGCACCACUACUACAUUUUACAAGCUUUUGUACUGAAAAUGGUCAUUUGUACAAGUUACUUUUUUAUCAAAGAUUUUCCAUCAUUUUUAAAGGCAAAGACGAUUACAUUUGAAAUAGGAUUGUUGCUCAGACUUUGCAGCCUUGGCUUUGGUCUUAAUACUUAAUGCUGUUCCUUGACAUUGCAGCAUUCUGCACAUUUACCCAGCCUGGUGUUGGGAGAGUAAAGCUUUGCCUACAACAUAAUGGCAUUUUAUUACAGGGGUUUAAGCAAUGAUCAAGCACAUGUGGGUAGUAAGAACUUGUUGAGAGUAUGUGGUUGAUAAUUUGGUGAUUAUUUAUGUUUAAACUGGAAAGUAUUGGUUGGGAUUAAGAAAUGUCUCUUGGACAGUUGUUUAUAUAUCAUCAUACUCUACCAUUAAAUAUGCAUAUUAUGAAAUAAGUUGCAUGCCUUUUCUUUCUUCAUUCUGCUCAUUUCUAGAUUUGGAGAGAAGAUGUCACUCCUGAAGGUUCCGAGAACAAUCCUCUGAAGUGCUCUCACAUCACCUACUAAUACAAUGUUGUCUGACAAAUGUGACUAAAAGAUUUAAAAGUUUGAAUUGA